AUGGUAGAGUCCUCCGACUCACCACCCAAUAGUAAUGGGACACCCAGCUCGACGUCGGCCAACAGACACAUUCCAACAGACACAUCCAACACAAACGGCACGACCGCAAAACGACUCAGCGGUGUGAACGAUGACGUCCCUGUCGCUAUCCAACAGCUGGCAGUGACGCCCACAAACCAGCAGGGAGAAUGGUUCUUCAAGUCGCCGUCAUCUUACACCACCCCCAAGGCCAUGGGCACGGUUCUGUCGGGUCUCCAGGUCCAGAUCCCCACCGAGGACGGCCGAACGUCGAUUCUGACAACGCCACCGCCCGCAGGACGACAACGGUCCUCCACACUGUCCUCUGAUACUCCGGGUGGCCAGAGCAGCGCCACCAGCUUCAUCGACCUCACGCCGCUGCCAUCGCCUAACCUCUUUUCGGACCCCAAUGCCCCCGGCGUCUUCCGCUACUUCAACGGCAACUCGCCACCCAUGGCGUCCAUUUCGCGCAUGCCGUCGCUGCGAUACAAGAAGGAAACGUCUCCGGUCCCGCAGCUGGCUCCAUCGGCAGGAGAGCCGGAGCCCACAGGGCGCCGGGUCAUGUCCGAAUACCACUCUGGACCGUUCCCAUCGUCACCGUCAACCGUACACCCUGUGUCUGCGGGCCACCAUACCCGCCAUGUCAUCCCGUCACGGUUGCGCACAGAAGCAGACUCGAUCCAUGUAAUCAAGUCACCCAAAAGAUCGGCGCUCAGCGACGAGGAGAAAUCGCCCGAUUUGAGCACGCCGUCCACGGCUCGUCCGCAGUCGUCCGGAGCCGCCUCCCUGCCCCAGCAUGUUCCCCAGCGAGUCGUGUCUGUGGCCACGACAAACUCGGAACUCGACUACCACUCGCAGAUGCUCAAACGAGAGCAGCACCUGCGUCAGCGGCAACGGGAGCGAGAACAGGCCGAUGACGACGGACUCGCCGAGUACAGCAAGACUGCCCAUCCAUUGGGUUCGUCACUGGACUCGCAAUCGAGCGUGCGGUCUUCAACCACGACUGCCUCGUCGGCUCACACUUCCCCAGAGCUCACUGCUUCUCAGCCACCGUCGUCGUCCAUUUACGACGCCUACGAUAUUGACAUGAACAAGACGUCGUGGCGAGAAUUGAGGCCUCUGGGACGAGGAGCGUUCAGUCGGGUCGUUCUUGCCGUUCCACACACCCGGCAGAACUACGACGAGGCCCAUGCCCAACGAGACCAUAAUCUCGUGGCCAUCAAGAUUGUGGAAGUGGCUGCUGCCGGUGGAGCAUCUCGUGAGCGAAUCGAGUCUGGCCUACGCCGAGAACUCGACAUUCUCAAGCACGUGCAGCACCCGUCGCUCAUCAAGCUACUGGCGUUCAACAUUGAUGACAACCGUGCACUCAUGGUUCUGCAAUACUGCCGCGGCGGUGAUCUGUUCGAUCUGGCCUCCAGCCACAGAAACGAGCUCACGAGUCUUCUUGUUCGACGUAUCUUUGCUGAGGUAGUCAAUGCGGUCAUGUAUCUGCACUCGCAAAACAUUGUUCACCGUGACAUUAAGCUGGAAAACGUUCUUCUCAAUAUCCCCGUGGAGGAGAUGCUUACAUUGGAUCCCGUGACCUACCCAUACAGUCUAGUCACGUUGACGGACCUGGGUCUCGCUCGUCGCAUUGACCCCAGCGAGCCCACACUCACCACCCGCUGCGGCUCCGAGGACUACGUGCCUCCCGAGCUGCUCAUGGGUCAGCCCUACGACGGCCGCCAGACCGACUCGUGGGCUCUUGGUGUACUUUUGUACGCCAUCAUGGAGGGUCGGCUUCCGUUUGACGCGCCCCGAACGUCUGGGGGUGGCCGGUCUCGUGGCCGGACGGCCCACCGGAUUGCCCGGAUCGAGUGGUCCUGGGGCGUGUUCAAGGACGAGCCCGAUGGAACACCUAAUACGUCUCCCAACCCCACCGGUCUAGGCGUGCCCACUGGCCAGUGGGAUCGCGAGGCGUGGACCGGCGGCAAGGAGAUUGUAAAGGGCUGUCUACAGCGGCGCAACAAGCGGUGGUCAGCGUUUGAAAUUGGCCAGAGGCCGUGGGUCAAGGAGGUGCUGCCCAAGCGGCUCAUUAUGCGCGCUUCCAUUGACGGUAUGGCUGUGGAAACCAAGAUGGUCAGUGUUGAUACCCGGGACGUAGAGCGGGCGGCUUCGGAGCCUGCCCGAACCGAGCCUGCUACGAUCAAGGCGUAA